AUGGCUGAGUGGCAGCGAAGUGGGGAUGUAAACCGUAGAGGAAAUAUUUCUCAUAAGUGGAUACCAGAUAUUACAAAAUGGAUCAAGGCUACACAUGGUCAGCUCACGUAUCAUAUGUCCCAAGCGUUCACAGGGCACGGUUGUUUUAAUGAGUACAGAAAACACAUCGGGAAGGCGACCUCCGAUUUAUGCUGGUACGGCUGCAAUGAGAUUGAUGACGCUGAGCACACGUUCAUACAAUGCCAGAAAUGGGCUGAGAACAAACGGAAAACUUUGGACCUGCCGACGUGGAACGUUAUAAAGACGUGCAUAAUGAAUAUCCUGAAAAUGAAGGAGGAGAAUGAGCGGGAGCUGGACAAAGCAGCUAGGAUGGCUACACCGACAACCUAG